GGCGCUUCUUCCUGCGGGAAACCCCUGGGUGCCCAAGGCGGCGCGGCCGCGGCGACAGAGGGGCGGGGCUUGCGGUGGGAGGAGGCGGCCGAGGCGGAAGGACACAUGAGGCUGCUUCGUUGCACACCCAAGAAAGUUUCAGCCCAGCUUCGGGCGGAGGCUGAGGCGGUGGCCGACUGAGCGGCGGAGUCGGGGUGCGAGACGUGGAGGCUCUUACGCCUGGGCUUUGGGAGAGUCGCGCCAGGCUGUGAGCCGCAGAGGCAGGAGGAAGGGAGGCGAAAGUGGGGCUCCUCUGUCGGGACCCCCUCCCCAUGUGGAUCUGCCCAGGCAGCGGCGGCGGCGGAGGAGGCGACCGAGAAGAUGCCCGCCCUGCGCCCCGCGCCGCUGUGGGCGCUGCUGGCGCUCUGGCUGUGCCGCGUGGCCCCCGCGCGCGCACUGCAGUGUCGGGAUGUCUAUGAACCCUGUGUAAAUAAAGGAAUGUGUGUCACCUACCACAAUGGCACAGGAUACUGCAAAUGUCCUGAGGGCUUCUUGGGAGAGUACUGUCAACAUCGAGACCCCUGUAAGAAGAACCGCUGCCAGAAUGGUGGGACCUGUGUGGCCCAGGCCAUGUUGGGGAAAGCCACAUGCCGAUGUGCCCCAGGGUUCACGGGAGAGGACUGCCAGUAUUCGACCUCUCACCCCUGCUUUGUGUCUCACCCCUGCCUGAAUGGAGGCACCUGCCAUAUGCUCAGCCGGGAUACCUAUGAGUGCACCUGCCAAGUCGGUUUCACAGGUAAGCUGUGCCAGUGGACUGACGCCUGCCUGUCUCAUCCCUGUGCAAAUGGAAGCACCUGUACCACUGUGGCCAACCAGUUCUCUUGCAGAUGCCUUGCAGGCUUCACAGGGCAGAAGUGUGAAACCGAUAUCAAUGAGUGUGACAUUCCAGGACACUGCCAGCACGGUGGCACCUGCCUCAACCUGCCUGGUUCCUACCAGUGCCAGUGCCCACAGGGAUUCACAGGCCAACAUUGUGACAGUGUCUAUGUCCCCUGUGCACCCUCCCCCUGUGUCAAUGGAGGCACUUGCCGGCAGACAGGUGACUUCACUUUUGAAUGCAACUGCCUUCCAGGUUUUGAAGGGAGCACCUGUGAGCGGAAUAUUGAUGACUGCCCUAACCACAAGUGUCAGAAUGGAGGGGUUUGUGUGGAUGGGGUCAACACUUACAACUGCCGCUGCCCCCCUCAGUGGACAGGACAGUUCUGCACAGAGGAUGUGGAUGAGUGCCUGUUGCAACCCAACGCCUGUCAGAAUGGGGGCACCUGUACCAACCGCAAUGGAGGCUAUGGCUGUGUGUGUGUAAACGGCUGGAGUGGAGAGGACUGUAGCGAGAACAUCGACGACUGUGCCUUCGCCUCCUGCACUCCCGGCUCCACCUGCAUUGACCGUGUGGCCUCUUUCUCUUGCAUGUGCCCAGAGGGGAAAGCAGGUCUCCUGUGCCAUCUGGAUGAUGCAUGCAUCAGCAAUCCUUGCCACAAGGGGGCACUGUGUGAUACCAACCCCCUGAAUGGGCAGUAUAUUUGCACUUGCCCUCAAGGAUACAAAGGGGCUGACUGCACGGAAGAUGUAGAUGAGUGUGCCAUGGCCAAUAGCAACCCUUGUGAGCAUGCAGGAAAAUGUGUGAAUACGGAUGGCGCCUUCCACUGUGAGUGUCUAAAGGGUUAUGCAGGGCCUCGUUGUGAGAUGGACAUCAACGAGUGCCAUUCAGACCCCUGCCAGAACGAUGCCACCUGCCUGGAUAAGAUCGGAGGCUUCACAUGUCUGUGCAUGCCAGGUUUCAAAGGUGUGCAUUGUGAAUUGGAGAUAAAUGAAUGUCAGAGCAACCCUUGUGUGAACAAUGGACAGUGUGUGGAUAAAGUCAAUCGCUUCCAGUGUCUGUGUCCACCUGGUUUUACUGGGCCAGUUUGCCAGAUUGAUAUUGAUGACUGUUCCAGUACUCCAUGCCUGAAUGGGGCAAAGUGUAUUGAUCACCCUAAUGGCUAUGAAUGCCAAUGUGCCACAGGUUUCACUGGUGUGCUGUGUGAGGAGAAUAUCAACAACUGCGACCCCGAUCCUUGCCACCACGGCCAGUGCCAGGAUGGUAUUGAUUCCUACACCUGCAUCUGCAAUCCUGGAUACAUAGGUGCCAUCUGCAGUGACCAGAUUGAUGAGUGCCAUAGCAGCCCUUGCUUGAAUGAUGGGCGCUGCAUCGACCUGGUGAAUGGCUACCAGUGCAACUGCCAGCCGGGCACAUCAGGGGUUCACUGUGAAAUUAACUUUGAUGACUGCGCAAGUGCCCCUUGUGUCCAUGGUGUCUGUAUGGACGGCAUCAGUCGUUACACCUGUGUCUGCUCACCCGGCUUCACAGGGCAGAGAUGUAACAUUGACAUUGACGAGUGUGCCUCUAAUCCCUGUCGCAAGGGUGCCACGUGUAUCAAUGAUGUGAACGGUUUCCGCUGUGUGUGCCCUGAGGGGCCCCAUCACCCCAGCUGCUACUCGCAGGUGAACGAGUGCCUCAGCAAUCCCUGCAUCCAUGGAAACUGUACUGGAGGCCUCAGUGGAUAUAAGUGCCUCUGUGAUGCAGGCUGGGUUGGCAUCAACUGUGACAUGGACAAAGAUGAGUGUCUUUCUAACCCAUGCCAGAAUGGAGGAAUUUGUGACAAUCUGGUGAAUGGAUACAGGUGUACUUGCAAGAAAGGCUUUAAAGGCUAUAACUGCCAGGUGAAUAUUGAUGAGUGUGCUUCAAAUCCCUGCCUGAACCAAGGAACUUGCGUUGAUGACAUAAGUGGCUAUACUUGCCAGUGUGUGCUGCCAUACACAGGAAAGAAUUGUCAGACUGUAUUGGCUCCUUGUUCCCCAAACCCUUGUGAGAACGCUGCUGUUUGCAAAGAGGCACCAAAUUUUGAGAGUUACAGCUGUCUGUGUGCUCCCGGCUGGCAAGGUCAGCGAUGCACAAUUGACAUUGAUGAGUGCGUCUCCAAGCCCUGCAUGAACCACGGUCUCUGCCAUAACACCCAGGGCAGCUACAUGUGUGAAUGCCCUCCAGGCUUCAGUGGUGUGGACUGCGAAGAGGACAUCGAUGACUGCCUUGCCAAUCCUUGCCAGAAUGGAGGUUCCUGUGUGGAUGGAGUGAAUACUUUUUCCUGUCUCUGCCUCCCGGGCUUCACUGGAGAUAAGUGCCAGACAGACAUGAAUGAGUGUCUGAGUGAACCCUGUAAGAAUGGAGGGACCUGCUCUGACUAUGUCAACAGUUACACUUGCAAGUGCCAAGCAGGAUUUGAUGGAGUCCACUGUGAGAACAACAUUGAUGAAUGCACGGAGAGCUCCUGUUUCAAUGGUGGCACAUGUGUCGAUGGAAUUAAUUCCUUCUCUUGUUUGUGCCCUGUGGGUUUCACUGGUCCCUUCUGCCUCCAUGAGAUCAAUGAAUGUAACUCUCAUCCGUGCCUGAAUGAGGGAACCUGUGUUGAUGGCCUGGGUACCUACCACUGCACCUGUCCCUUGGGCUACACUGGGAAAAACUGUCAGACCCUGGUGAACCUCUGCAGUCGGUCUCCAUGUAAAAACAAAGGCACUUGCAUUCAGGAAAAAGCAGAGUCUCGUUGUCUGUGUCCAUCCGGAUGGGCUGGUGCUUACUGUGAUGUGCCCAAUGUCUCCUGUGAGGUGGCAGCCUCCCGCAGAGGUGUACCUGUUGACCGUCUGUGCCAGCACUCAGGCGUCUGUAUCAGUGCUGGCAGCACACACCACUGCCAAUGCCCUCUGGGCUACACUGGGAGCUACUGCGAGGAGCAGCUGGAUGAGUGUGUGUCCAACCCCUGCCAGCAUGGGGCCACCUGCAGUGACUUCAUUGGUGGAUACAGAUGUGAGUGUGUCCCAGGAUAUCAGGGUGUCAACUGCGAGUAUGAAGUAGAUGAGUGCCAGAAUCAGCCUUGCCAGAAUGGAGGCACCUGUAUUGACCUCGUGAACCAUUUCAAGUGCUCCUGCCCACCAGGCACUCGGGGCCUACUUUGUGAAGAGAAUGUUGAUGACUGUGCUGGAGGCCCCCAUUGCCUUAAUGGUGGUCAGUGUGUGGACAGGAUUGGGGGCUACAGUUGUCACUGCCUGCCUGGCUUUGCUGGGGAACGGUGUGAGGGGGAUAUCAACGAGUGCCUUUCUAGCCCCUGCAGCUCGGAGGGCAGCCUGGACUGUGUGCAGCUCACCAAUGACUACCUGUGUGUCUGCCGCAGCACCUUCACUGGUCGUCACUGUGAAACCUUCGUGGAUGUGUGUCCCCAGAUGCCUUGCUUGAAUGGAGGAACUUGUGCUGUGGCCAGCAAUGUGCCUGAUGGCUUCAUUUGCCGCUGUCCUCCAGGAUUCUCGGGGGCAAGAUGCCAGAGCAGCUGUGGACACGUGAAGUGCAGGCGAGGGGAGCAGUGUGUACACACUGCCUCAGGACCCCGCUGCUUCUGCCCUGAUCCCCGGGACUGUGAAUCUGGCUGUGCCAGUGGCCCCUGCCAACAUGGGGGCAGCUGCUACCCUCAGCGCCAGCCUCCUUACUACUCCUGCCAGUGCCCACCACCAUUCUGGGGCAGCCGCUGUGAGCUCUACAUGGCUCCCACCAGCACCCCUCCAGCCACCUGUCUGAGCCAGUAUUGUGCUGACAAAGCCCGGGAUGGUGUCUGUGAUGAGGCCUGCAACAGCCAUGCCUGCCAGUGGGAUGGGGGUGACUGCUCCCUCACCAUGGAAGACCCCUGGGCCAACUGCUCCUCCCCUCUUCCCUGCUGGGAUUAUAUCAACAACCAGUGCGAUGAGCUGUGCAACACAGCUGAGUGCCUAUUUGACAACUUUGAAUGCCAGGGGAACAGCAAGACAUGCAAGUAUGACAAAUACUGUGCAGACCACUUCAAAGACAACCACUGUGACCAGGGGUGCAACAGCGAGGAGUGUGGCUGGGACGGGCUGGACUGUGCUGCUGACUGGCCUGAGAACCUGGCAGAGGGGACCCUGGUCAUUGUGGUGCUGAUGCCCCCUGAGCAACUGCUCCAGGAUGCUCGCAGCUUCUUGCGGGCAUUGGGCACCCUGCUGCACACAAACCUCCGCAUCAAGCGGGACUCCCAGGGGGAGCUCAUGGUGUAUCCCUAUUAUGGUGAGAAGUCAGCUGCCAUGAAGAAGCACAGGAUGACACGCAGGUCCCUUCCUGGGGAGCAAGAACAGGAGGUGGCUGGCUCUAAAGUCUUUCUGGAAAUUGACAACCGCCAAUGUGUUCAAGACUCAGACCAGUGCUUCAAGAACACAGAUGCUGCAGCAGCUCUGCUGGCUUCUCAUGCCAUCCAGGGGACUCUGUCAUACCCUCUUGUGUCUGUCGUCAGUGAAUCCUGGACUCCAAAACCCACUCAGCUCCUCUACCUACUUGCCGUUGCUGUUGUCAUUAUCCUAUUUAUUAUUCUUCUGGGGGUGAUCAUGGCAAAACGCAAACGUAAGCAUGGCUCUCUCUGGCUGCCUGAGGGCUUCACCCUUCGCCGAGAUGCGAGCAACCACAAACGUCGUGAGCCAGUGGGACAGGAUGCUGUGGGACUGAAAAAUCUCUCAGUGCAAGUUUCAGAGGCUAACCUGAUUGGUUCUGGAACAAGUGAACAUUGGGUUGAUGAUGAAGGGCCCCAGCCAAAGAAAGUCAAGGCUGAAGAUGAGGCCUUGCUGUCAGAAGAAGAUGACCAUGUCGAUCGACGCCCGUGGACACAGCAGCACCUGGAAGCUGCAGACAUCCGAAGGACACCAUCAUUGGCCCUGACUCCUCCUCAGGCAGAGCAGGACGUGGAUGUGCUGGACGUAAACGUCCGGGGCCCUGAUGGGUGCACACCCUUGAUGUUGGCUUCUCUCCGAGGAGGCAGCUCAGAUGUGAGUGAUGAAGAUGAAGACGCCGAGGACUCCUCUGCCAAUAUCAUCACAGACUUGGUCUACCAAGGUGCCAGCCUCCAGGCCCAGACAGACCGGACUGGAGAGAUGGCCCUUCACCUGGCAGCACGGUACUCACGGGCUGAUGCUGCCAAGCGCCUUCUGGAUGCAGGUGCGGAUGCCAAUGCUCAGGACAACAUGGGCCGCUGCCCUCUCCAUGCUGCGGUGGCCGCUGACGCCCAGGGUGUCUUCCAGAUUCUGAUUCGCAACCGAGUAACUGAUCUAGAUGCCAGAAUGAAUGAUGGCACUACGCCCCUCAUCCUGGCUGCCCGCCUGGCUGUGGAAGGAAUGGUGGCAGAACUGAUCAACUGCCAGGCAGAUGUGAAUGCAGUAGAUGACCAUGGAAAGUCUGCUCUUCACUGGGCAGCUGCUGUCAAUAAUGUGGAGGCAACUCUUCUGCUGUUGAAAAAUGGGGCCAACAGAGACAUGCAGGACAACAAGGAAGAGACACCCCUGUUCCUUGCUGCCCGGGAGGGGAGCUAUGAAGCAGCUAAGGUCUUGUUAGACCAUUUUGCCAAUCGAGACAUCACCGAUCACAUGGACCGCCUUCCCCGGGACGUGGCUCGGGACCGCAUGCACCAUGACAUCGUGCGCCUCCUGGAUGAGUACAACGUGACACCGAGCCCUCCAGGCACGGUGCUAACUUCUGCCCUCUCGCCCGUCAUCUGUGGGCCCAACAGGUCUUUCCUCAGUCUGAAGCACACCCCAGUGGGCAAGAAGCCUAGACGGCCCAACACCAAGAGCACCAUGCCCACUAGCCUCCCUAACCUCGCCAAGGAAGCCAAGGAGGCCAAGGGCAAUAGGAGGAAGAAGUCUCUGAGUGAGAAGGUCCAGCUCUCCGAGAGCUCUGUGACGUUAUCCCCUGUUGACUCUCUUGAGUCUCCUCAUACAUACGUUUCUGAUGCAACAUCUUCUCCAAUGAUUACAUCCCCUGGAAUCUUGCAGGCCUCACCCAACCCUAUGCUGGCUGCUGCCGCCCCUGCUGCCCCUGUCCACACACAGCAUGCACUAUCUUUCUCUAACCUUCAUGAAAUGCAGCCUCUGGCUCAUGGGGCUGGCACAGUGCUUCCCUCAGUGAGCCAGUUGCUAUCCCACCACCAUAUUGUUCCCCCAGGCAGUGGAAGUGCUGGGAGCCUGGGUAGGCUUCAUCCAGUUGCAGUCCCGGCAGACUGGAUGAACCGUGUGGAGGUAAACGAGACCCAGUACAAUGAGAUGUUUGGGAUGGUCCUGGCUUCAGCUGAGGGUGCCCACCCUGGCAUGGCUCCCCAGAGCAGGCCGCCUGAAGGGAAGCACAUGGCUGCCCCCCGGGAGCCCCUGCCCCCUAUUGUGACUUUCCAGCUCAUCCCCAAAGGCAGUAUCACCCAACCAGCGGGGGCUCCCCAGCCUCAGUCCAACUGCCCUGCAGCUGUUGCGGGCCCCCUGCCCACCAUGUACCAGAUCCCAGAAAUGGCCCGUUUGCCCAGUGUGGCUUUCCCCACUGCCAUGAUGCCCCAGCAGGACGAGCAGGUAGCUCAGACCAUCCUCCCAGCCUAUCACCCUUUCCCGGCCUCAGUGGGCAAGUACCCCACACCCCCUUCACAGCACAGUUAUGUUUCCUCAAAUGCUGCUGAGCGAACGCCCAGUAACAGCGGUCACCUCCAGGGUGAACAUCCCUAUCUGACCCCAUCCCCAGAGUCCCCUGACCAGUGGUCAAGUUCAUCUCCCCAUUCUGCUUCUGACUGGUCAGAUGUGACCACCAGCCCUACUCCUGGGGGUGCUGGAGGAGGUCAGCGAGGCCCUGGGACACACAUGUCUGAGCCACCGCACAGUAGCAUGCAGGUGUACGCGUGAAGGCGCCUCCAGCACAGGGACACAGCCUGUGGUGAGUGCUGCUGAGGAGCAAUGAAGGUCAUCCGGGAGAGCAAUGAAGAAAUCUCUGGAAUCAGCUUCUGGAGGCAAGAGAGAGAAGAUGUUCAUAUUUUUCAGAUAAUUCAAGAGGGGACAUGGCUCCUAAUCUCUUCCUCAUCAAGCUAAGUUCAUAGAAGUACAAGAUGAAACAAGCUUUGGGUUACGUUUACUUUUUAGUAUUUGGAGAACAAGAUGGAUGCCUGUUGUAGCCCAGAUAUUCUUGCAUCUUGGAUUUCAUAUUAAGCCAUGGAGGCUUCUGCCAUAUUGAUGAGAAGAUGCUGUACUAGAGUCCUGUUGGGAAUUGUGCGCUGGAAUUCCCUUAGUUGACUUACCUUCUCAUCUUUGGAAAUUGCUUCAUUUUCAUUUGGUGCUUCAUUCUCGCACCUCUCUGUGAUUGUAGCCCUACCAGCUGUUACAGGGCAAGACCUCUGUGCUUUGAAUCAUUCCUGCCCUGGAAAGCAACUUAAGCAACUUCAGCCCCCUUUUCUCCUCCUGUUUUCCCAACCUCCCUCGGAGUCUCACAAAGUUUACUUUGGUUAUGGUUCUCAGCAUAAACCUUUCAAGUAUGUUUCUUUGGAAAAUGGACAUAUUGUAUUGUGUUCUUCUACGUAUAUCAUUCCUAGAGAGAGAUGGGGAGCAAAAUAUUUUUGUCCAAACCAGUUUGGGGGGCAGAAGAACCCUUCAAGAAGCUGCACCUUAAUUUCUGUUGUCUACAUGCAGGUCUUCAGAUAAACUUUGGCAGGAAGGAUGUGAGUCAGUUGUUUUUCCCUUUGUGGGCCUAGAGAUUUUGUCCUUGGUAGCCUAGUUACUAUGACCCUCUUCUUUUUUAAGCCAGAAAAAAGGGUUGGAAUUUUGGAAUGACCAAGAUACAAGCUAAGUGGCACAGGGAGCAGUCACCCACCACAGGUCCUUCUGCUUACUGCCAAGCACGCCCCUGACUGCUUGUUGAAACAUGCUUGUCCCAGAUCGUAGAGCCCGAGGCCUGUUUCACUCACUCAUCCAGCAGAUGAAAGUACUCUUAGCUUUUGAGCUUUUCUUUCCAUCUCCACAGAAGACAAAGUCUUAGAUGAUUCACCUUUGCUGUUUAGGACUGCACUUUCCUUAGCCCAAGAGACCCAGGGACAGUCAUCUUCCUUUCAUUGGUGAUCACAGUCUGUGCGUCUGAUUCCCUUUUGGAUCACAGGUAUGUUCACCAGUCUGCCCUCCACACCGUGUAGUCUGAGUUGCAGGUGCACCCAGUAGGUUCUCGCUGAAGAACCUACUUCAGGUUUUCUUUGUGUAAGUGGAGGAAAUGGGAAGCUGUGCUAGUUUCCUAGGUCCAAGACAGCCCUGUAAGGGAGGAAAAGAAAGAACUGUGAAGUAGGCUUUACUGUUUUUUGCUACCAUUUUUUCCUCUGAAAUUCCCUUUGACAAGUAACUUAAAAACUUAAACAGGAACAUUGUCCUUUCCUAGAGUCAUCUUCUAAAUGACGAAUGGGCAGCCACAGCCUUGCUCAUCACCGUCAUCCUCACGUUCAGACUGGGAUUGCACCUCCCUGGAGCCUGUUCUCUGCAUUUUGGUCUUGGCAGCUGCUUCUCUGCCUUUCAAGGGCUAAGCAUUUUAGUCAACUACAAAAAUAGGAGAAAGUUUUCUUUCUGUACUUUCUGGGUCUGUUAGUAAUUGGUCCCAUGGCUACCUUGUCACUCCUGUCCAGUUCUGUGAUGCCCAUGACACCAGGAAAGCUGGUUCCUUUGUCUGCUCUUUUCGGUGGAUGGCAGUUCUCAUUCCAGCAGUGGCCAGGGGUGUACAGCAGUGCUGCCCAUGUGUCUGACCAAUCUUUUUGAGGUCCCAUGUGUGUACCCUGAGUUCUGUUGGCAUGGCCUCUACAGGUGGUAUUUUCAGUCCCAUCUGGUUUCAUCAAACCAGCAAAACUAAUUAGUUCUGCCACAAUAUAAGCAGAUUACAUUUGUUCACUCUGUUUUAUUCCCUUAUGUGGGAAUAUUCUACCAGCCUCUUUCACAGUGUGCAAACAUUUUAUCAUUCUGAAUGGAGCCUCUCUACCUUUGGACCCAUUUAUCAUUCCAGUUGGGGAGAACUUAAUCUGCGCAGACCUCUUUGGACCACAACACAUCUGCCCCCUCUGCCUUCCUGCUCCAGCCCCACUUCCUGGAAGUAUCAACCUCUGACCAGCUGCCUGGAUAUUUUAUAUCUGCCUUCCUCCCCAAGCACAGUAUAGGAUUAAUUUGCUUCUUUUUCUUGGGACACUUUAAUUUGGAUCCUUUGCGUUUGGGGGAAGGCGAUGUGAAAGCUGUCAUUACAAUGGCAGGCUACAGUGAUGAGCAGGACAAGUGCUGCUUUUCAGACAUUGACCGAUCUCUUAAAUUUUAACAACUUGUGGGUUAUGUAGUGUCUAAUAAAAGGGAAAGUAAGAUGGAUAAUCACUUUCUCAUUUGUAUUCUAAAUUAGAGACUCAGUUUUCGUGGGACAUAUCUGUUAUGCCAUGUAAGAUCUCCCCCUACUUUUGGUUAAUUUUUAUUUUUAUAAAUACUUCCUUUCUCUGACUCCUCUUCUUCCUGCCUUUUGU